AUGGAAGUGACCAUUGGCGCGGCGUUUGUGUUGGCGUUUUGUGGAGUUGGGUUGUGUUAUUUUGUCUUUCCAAAGGUUAUCAAACAUUGGAUGUUUUGGUACGUCUUUUCGAUGGUCAUUUUUGUAUUCUCUGUGGGUGGGUUGGUUUAUAAUGUAAUGCACCAACCGCCACCGUUUGGAAUGACUCGUGAGAGGAGACCUCAAUAUUUCAGUGAGGAUUCAAGAGGACAAUUUUACUUUGAGGGUUACUUGGGAUCUUUUUGUUACGCUGCUGUUGCUAUUUCCCUCCUUUUAUUCUUCGAGCUUGGUACAAAGAACAUUAUCUUUUUAAUGUGCACCUUCUCGGCACUCCUCUUGACACUCACUGUUUUCAACACCGUCAUCCACAUUAAGAUCCCAUGGGCUGGAAUUUCAUUCAACCCACUCGAAGCGUACAAAGGCGCUCUUACAGACGUGCUCAUGUACUUCGCCAAAUGA